AUGUUUGAAAGGAUCAAUUGGUGUAGUGAUGGGAAUGGUAAUAGUUCAGGUGAUAGCUGGAACAAACCUUCUUACAAAGGUGAUACUAAAUCAAGGAACUUUUGUUUUCUCCUUCCUUGCUUACCGUCACAUCGUUGCUGCUCUUUGCAUGGCCCCUUUUGCUUUUCUAUGGGAGAGAGAGAGCCUAAGGAAACUGACUUGGCCUGUUUUCUUCUGGCUUUCACUAGGAGCUGUAGCCGAGAUCAUAUUGGCUAUGGGGCUUUCUUUUUAUGGUCUACGAGACACGACUGCCACGUAUGCAAUCAACUUCCUCAAUCUAAUUCCUAUUGUGACCUUUGUCUUGUCAACUAUUUUUCGUAUGGAGAAAUUGAGACUAAAUACAAAAACUGGUCAAGCGAAAGUUUUAGGCACAAUAUUGUGCUUGGCUGGAGCACUAAUUAUCUCUCUCUACAAAGGAAAGAUCUUUUAUAUCAGUCAUCAUAGCAAGAAAUUACAUGUUACCAAAGUUAUUGAGACAAAUAUGGUUCGUGGAACUAUAUUCUUAAUAUGUAGUUGCUUGUCAUAUAGUGGUUGGUACAUUAUACAGGUCAAACUGUCCAAAGUGUUUCCACACAAAUAUUCUUCUACAUUUUUUAUAUGCAUAAUUGCAACUAUCCAAAGUGUGGUAGUUGGAUUAUGCAUAGAUAGAAGAAAGAAGUCUUGGAAGCUAGAAUUUGACUUUCAACUACUUACUAUCUUUUACUCGGGAGCGCUGGCAACAGCAUCAACAUUCUGCCUCAUUUCAUGGACAGUUUCAAAGAGAGGACCAACUUACCCCUCUAUGUUCAAUCCAUUGUAUAUGAUUUUUGUAGCUAUUGUAGAAGCUGCAUUCCUUGGUCAAGAGACCAGUGUUGGAAGCUUGCUUGGCAUGUUUGUGAUCUUAGUGGGAUUGUAUUUGUUCCUACGAGCAAAGAACCAGGAGCUCAAACAAAUAGAACCUGAUCACGCAAGUGGAGCUGAUUUACCCACAGUACCUGGAAAUGCAGAAUUAAUGCAAUCUACUAAUAUAGUAAUUCCAAGUUUAGCAAGUGAAAGUGCUAGAUCGCAAUCAUCAAGAGCAGCAGGAUGAAGAUUAAGUACAAGAACAAUAACAAUUGUACAUGGUGGUUUGGCUAAUAUAUAUGUCGAGAUAUAAAUGCAAUUGAAGGUUGUAUAAAAGACAAACAUAUAUUCAUCUAAUUAGGAGUUUAGUUAUUAGAUAUAUGUUGAUCCCA